AACGACACCAGCUUUGCAGUUAACAACGGAGGCCGAUGGAUAUCCGGAGUAUUUCUACAGAGAAUAUGGAAAUGAGAUCAAACAAAGGUCUAGAUAUCUCAAAAGUUGGGCCAGAAAAAGUUGGUUUCAGGAAGCAUAUCUUGCCAGAGGCGUAGUCAUUGGCUUUGUAAUGUAUAUUCAUGAAUAUUCUGAGACUGAUGUUGCUAGAAAUACAACUGUACUGCUACAAAUAUGGCGUCCAUCCGUUCGGAGGUACAAGUAUGCCUUAAUUUGGGAAAAAGAAGUCACAGUUUUGGGAACUGAGAGUGGCAAAAUCGAAAUAUUCCUUUUACAAAAUGAACAGUUUGAAAUCAAUUCUAGAGAUAAAAUAGGAUGGACAUAUAUCGAUGAUAUAGGCCGUAUUAGCUUCGACUAUAGCUAUAGAUCUUGGAAAACAUACUUCAUGCCCAUAAACGAGACCAAUCCUGUUGUGGGAAGCGUACAUUAUUUUGAAAAGGAACCCCUUCAAGCAAUAUUCUCCAUUGGGACGUACAUAGAUACAAGGCCAGUGACAAAAGAUGUUGUGAUCCUUAUUAUGGACGUAACAACAUCCCCAGAAGACGCUGCAUAUCAACUGGAAGCAUUUGAGGGUUUAAAGGAAUUAUUAAUUACAGAAUUCAACUAUGAGGUGAUGGUAUUUAGAAUUGGAGACCACAUGCAAAUAGAUCUACAGACAAAGAUUAUGCGCAUUCGAUCCGCCGUGAUUGGAAGAUAUUACCAAUACCCCGAGAUGAACAAAAAACUUCGCUGCAUUGGUUUUGGAAUUGGAGCCCAUAUUUGUGUCAAUAUUGUAGAUGUUGAAUUGGCUUGGAUAACUGCGCUGGCGCCUACAGAUCUUGACCCAUCCAGAGAAUAUAUGUACAAUCGGACGUACAGCUUGCCUCCAAAUUUCCAACAUCUGUCUGCUAGUAAAGCACAAUUUGUGGAAGUCAUUCAUACAUAUGCAAAGUUUGAGGAUAAACUUGGUGACGUCGAUUACUUUAUGAUCGCGGAUCAUUGUGCUCAAGGAGAUGAGAACAAUACUUUGUGUAGACAUAGACAUGCUAUUCAAGUCUUUAAAGAAUCACUUAUGACACGGGGCAGCGCCUAUGUUAUAAAAUCCCAAUGUCCAUGGGAAACAAUAGAUUCAUGUGGGGAAUUUGUCAUCCAACCCAGAAUUGGUUACAAAACAAAUCUCCGUGGUAGAUGGGUCGUUUUGGACAGAAUAGUUUCUCGUCGAUUUCGUGCAGUGACGUUCUCAAUAACUGCUAAUUUUUCUACACCUGAUUGUGCACCAGAAGUCAUCAACUUCUUACGUGGAUUUAGUUCCAUUGCAUUUUACUCGACAACGGUAUGUAAAGAGUCAAUGUUAACAUCAACAAUUAUAGUCAAAUACGGUCAUCGAGGUGAUUAUGAAACAUUUACUACUGCGAUUGGGUCGAUUGUAACCAGCCUCAUUGCCCAUGUACAGACAACAGCAUCAACCAUUGUAGGCACAUUUGCUGUGACAGCAACUGUGAGAAAUGAGACGAUCCACAUUGAUGAAAUUGCCGAGUACAUUGGGAAAUGUGAAGGGAAGAAGAAUAUGGCAUAUGAUAAUUCAAAGGGCAACCGAACUGUAGGGAUCGGGUUCAACAUGGAACGUCCUGGCGCACGGAAAGUUUGGGAAACGAUACUACCCGGGGUUGACUUUGACAAAGUUUACAACAAGCAACUUGCACUAAGAGAUGAUCAAAUCAAAACAUUAUUCAAGGCAGACCUAGGUGCACAAUUUAUCCCUGUUGUUAGACACUUGAUACCAGGAUUUGAAGUGAUGUGUGCUGAAGUUCAAGCUGCAAUUGUGGACGCCCUGUAUCGAGGACAUUUGAGCCCAGCCAUGCAAGCUCUGAUUAAAAAACGGAAGUGGAAAGAAGCUGCCAAAGAAUACACCAACCAAGGAGACUACAGAAAUGCUCUGAAAGGAAGAAGGGGAUUCAAGGACAUAAAGAUCCGUAUGGAUGAAAACAAAGCUAUCUUUGAGAAGCUAGUUGGAGGCGGAACGGAAUGCUCUGGAAAUACUAUCAACACAACAAUAUCUCCAUCGACUUCUGAACCCAAAACAGGAAACUGUCCAAGUGUUCCCUCUGGAACUGUGGGGAUCUGUGUCAACUCCUGUUUGGACGAUUAUAGUUGUCCUGGUGUCCAGAAAUGUUGCUCUAAUGGUUGUGGUCAUAUCUGCAAGGAUCCAUUUGCAGAAUCAGAAACCACUACACCAACAGGGACAACUGAACAAACAGGUAUUUCCUAUACGAAUAUCACAGUAGAUGCUACCUUGUGUUACUGCCUUGGUGGACAAUGUCAGCAUACGUCAAAAGGUUGCCAAGGCGGCAAUUUCUAUAGUGAUCAAUGUAUUGGCCAUGACGACGUGAAAUGCUGUGUCAAGAACACAUCAGAGGACAACCAAUGUACGGCACAACAAGGCGGGUGUAAGUUGGUCUCUGAUGGCUGUUUCUGUGGAGAGUUCACACCAGGACUUUGUGGAGGCCCAUCGAAUAGACAGUGCUGCUUGGUGACCCCGUAGAAACAAGACUUUAAAUGAACAGUGGUCACGUUUCAGUAAACAAAUUGCAUUUGAUUUUCAAUCCUAAUUUUAGUGCUUACAACGAGGGGAUGAGGGAUCGGGAAAGAUACUAAAUGAAUCUAUAAAUCCUACUUCCUGUGAUUUCGAUUGUGUUUUCUCGGAAAAAUAGAUACAGUCUGAGAUAGCAUUAUGUAAACUUAGUACAAUAUUAAACGGACUCGCAUAUUAUUCAGAUCACUACCGUAUUUGCUACGAAACUCAAAGAAAAAUAAAACUGAGAAAAAUUUUCAUUUGUUUUUUGUCCCCUCCCUAAAGAAUAUUUUCCAUUGCAAGGUGCUGUUUGAUGAUGUC